CUUUUUUUUCCAAAUUAGUUUUCCAAACUAUUUUUGUAUAUUAUACUCUCGAUUCAAAUUCAAAACAAGUUUAUAGCACCUUUAUUUUUCCUUUUCUUUUUCACAAACAACCUUUUUUAAUUGUCAUUUCACUGAUUUACACUUAUGAACGGGGUCACUCGCGAGGAGCAAGAGCUCCAGCAGCACAUAUUUGCCGACAAGUGCCGCCGUCUCCACAGCCACCUCCUAGGCACAAAGAACCUGCUCAGAGAUAUCGGUGACUACAACCGCACAAAGUGGCCAGUGCACUACCCUCUGGCUCGCAUAGCCCGCGCUCGCGAGGCCCAGGCCAUAGCCACCUCUUUGAGUGGCGGCCCAUCGGGUCUCAGACGCACAAACUCCAUGGUGAACUCAUCCGAGGCCACACUGAUCAACACCAACGGGCCGAAUCGCAUGCGCCGGUCGAUGACCACCGAUGACAUGUCCGAGUACACCACUGGCCCCAGCAGCAGCGAGCACACCGCCUCCGACUCUGACGAUUCUGGCCGCCUGCUGGACCCCAACGACCUAAGCGUGCUCAAGCUGGACCUGCGGCUGUCAUACCACGCUGACUCUGACGUGAUGGGUUCGCUGGAGGAGUCGAGCAUCGCGCGCCUGUUUGACGAGCGCCUGUCGCAGUGCGAGGUGCACAUUGACAAGCUCAUUGCGCGGGUCACCGACAAGUCAUCCAAGAUUCUAGUGACGGGUGAUCUGAACGCCGGAAAGAGCACGCUGGUCAACGCGCUGAUUCGCCACGACAUCCUGCCCUUUGACCAGCAACCGUGCACUAUGCUGUUCUGCGAGGUGCUUGAUGCCUCACUGAACGAUGGCGCCGAGGAGAUCCACGCGGUGCCCGAUAUCCAGCUGUACAGCCGCCAGGACCCUGCUACGUAUGUGGCUGUCAAGAUGAGCGAGCUCGAGGACAUUGUCAUGGAGAACGACGAGCAGUUCCAGCAGCUCAAGAUAUACACCAAGGACAAGCGCGACGACCAGGAGAGUCUGCUGCACAACGGCGUCGUCGAUGUUGCCCUUAUUGACUCGCCCGGACUCAACCGUGACUCGCUCAAGACCACGCAGCUCUUUGCGCGUCAGGAGGAGAUCGACGUCGUGGUGUUUGUGGUCAACGCCGAGAACCACUUUACGCUGUCGGGGCAGGACUUUUUGCUCAACGCGGGUAACGAGAAGGCACGCAUCUUCAUUGUCAUCAACCGCUUUGACGCUAUCCGCCGCAAGGACCGCUGCGAGCGCAUGAUUCUCGACCAGAUCCGCGACCUGUCGCCGCUGACCUAUGCUGAGCGCGACGACCUGGUGCACUUUGUUAGCGCCCACGAGCAGCUCGCCGCCGAGCGCAACGGCACCACUCCUGCUGAGUCCUUUUCGCGUAUGGAGAAGUGCCUGCGCUCAUUCACACUUGAGCAGCGCUUCAAGUCCAAGCUCGCUCCAGCGCAGCGCUACGCCAUGAACGUGCUCUUUGACGUACAGUACUUGGCCGCCGAGAACGUUUCCGCCGCCACCAAGCGCAUCCAGGAGAUCAACGCGGUGCUGCGCGAGGGCAUGCCCAGGUACGAGUCGCUUUUGCAGGAGCGCACGGAGUCGUCGCGCCACGCAGAGACUGUUCUGGACAGCAGCUGUCUGGAAGUCCGCCGCCACACCUCGGCGCAUCUCACCAACACUACGGUGCAUCUGCAGGACGUAGCCGAGAAGGUUGCAUACCCUGGGUUGUUGUCUCUGUGGACGUAUGCCGAGAACGUGCUGCUGACUAUGGUGCGCCACUUGGAGCAUGAGGUGUCGGAGUGCGACCGCUUCACUUGCUUCACCAUCCAGCAGGCACGCAGCGAGCUGACCAGGCUCGAGGAUCAACGCCGUAUGCUUGAUCCAGCUGCUGGUUCCAACGCAACCGAGCAGCAGCCGCCCAUUCUCGCUGAUGGCAGCGACAGUGCUGGUCUUCUGGCAAGUGAUACGUUUUCGAGGAGCGUGACUGCUAGCCAGAUCGCAUCUAUCGGCAGCAUCUCGAAUGCGCUCGAUACGGUGCAGCUUGAGCUGGCGGACUUUAUCGAUCUUGACUUUAGCCAUAACCUGGGGACGCUCACCUCGAUCUCGGCCUCUGCCUCGCUGACCCUUCUCGCGAGCAAAUCAAUGGCCGGCAACGUUGUAACAAUGCUGCGUCUAUCGUCGACCAUGGGCACAGGCACCGCACGCCGCCUAAUGGUGGGCGCAGCCACGCUCAUCGGACUCGGGUCUAUUUUAUAUAUGGUCUCCGAUAUGGACGCCACGGUGCGCCGUAAGCUGUCUACCAGGGUAUCUAUGAUGCUCGAGGAGGAAGCCUUUGUGCAGCAUCAUGCUGAGAGACUUACGACGGAGACUUCGCGCGCUAUUCGUCCGUUUGUCUGGCAUCUCCAGCAUACUUUCCAGCGCAUGGUUGAGGCUGAGGAGCAUAAGCGCGCGGAUCAUUUGCGCCGCAGGCAUGUCGCCCAGGACUCGCAGAUUUACUUUGAUGAGUUGCGCGUUAAGGCCCAGGAGCUGGCUAACGCUGUCCGUGCAGUGAGCUCAUCUGAGAACGGAACCAUGUGUUGAUACUGGUUUUGUUGAACAUCUUGCUUUUUUCUUUUCAUUUUAUCUUUUAUUAAUUGUUUUAUCUUUUUCUAUUCUCUCCGUUUAAAAAAUAUUAACGGUUAAAGUCUCGUUU